CCUCGCAUCUAUACUUGGAUUGUGCUGCAAAAGUUCCACAGACACAUUUUUGGAGUGCGCUGGAGAAACUCACGUUCAUAAAGUAGCUUAUGUUGAUACAAUGCAACGACAAGAUUUGAUCUACUUUCCUUGCCCAAACACAGAACCUGAUAUAGAGAAACUGAACAAACAACAAAAAGUAAUUCAGCUGGAUAAAAAACUUAAAAGCUUUGGUAUAUCCUGGGUAAAGAGUACUUUGUAUGUUCUACUGCUCGCAAUUGUGUGUGCACACAAUACUAUAACAGAGGCCUUCAGACAGAACGAAUAUAUGAAAGGAUCGGUCAAAGAUACAUUUUUGGCAAACACCACAGAUGACAUAUAUGUUUGGAUAGAAACUUAUUUCAUUCCAAACGUGUGGCCAAAGUGGUACGAAAACCAGGCUCUGCGAACUGCAUACGAGCAAAGAUUUAUGUAUGAUCAAUAUAGUUAUAGGAUGUCGGAUUCCAUUUUGAGACAAGUCAGGUCCGGGAAUUGUUCUACGAUUGAGGAAAUGACAAAUGCAGUCCCACGAUGUAUCGAAGAUUACAAGUCAGAAAAUGAAGACAGUGCACUUUAUUGUAAAGGAUGGAUACCACAAAUAUCCAGUAAUGAAAAUUGCUCUGAUGAAUAUGACCCCAUAGACAACAGCUUCGUUUACCGUACAGCAGAAGAAUUAAAGUCUAUAGUUUAUAUAGGAGAAUUAGCUGUCUACGGAGGUGGGGGUUACAUGAUAGAUUUAGGACCAAAGCAGUCGUUAGUGAAUCAAUACAUCAGUCAACUUCGUAACCUUUCGUGGAUAGACGGCUAUACACGAGCGGUAUUCAUCGAAACCAACACCUUUAACGCGAACACUAGAUUGUUUACACAUCUGAAAAUAGUGUUUGAAUUAUCUGAAUACGGUUCCAUUUAUAUGAAGUCUACCGCCGAAUCUUUGAAUUUGUAUCCUUAUGUCACAAGUAUGGAUUAUAUUGUGUUGGCUUGUCAGUUCAUUUUCAUGAUAGUUGUAAUUGUACGACUCGUGUUCUUUGCUAUACAUGUUUUCAAAACAAAACAUACCUGCAUGGCAUCUUUCUCUUCUUGGGUAACAGCAAUCGACAUAACAAUGUGUCUGAGCGCGAUAGUGUUUUACAUUUUACGGAUAGAUUUAACGAUAAAAACGGUGGAUGAUAUCAUUGAAAAUAAAGGGUCAUACGUAUCCUUCGAGUAUGUCGAGAUGUACGAUUUGGUAUACAAAACAGCGUUUGGAAUGGUUUUCUUUUUUGGAGUUCUUGAAUUUCUUCAACCGCUGACGAUGAACUACCACUUCUUUAUCCUGCAAAAAUCCCUUUUAAGGGCCAGAUAUGAUCUUUUCAUGUCUAUAUUUUUAAUAACACUGGCAAUAGUUUCAUUUGGAUCGUACCUUUAUCUCUCAUUGGGAAAACAUGCUGACAAUUUUAAGGAUUUAUACUCUUCUAUUAUUACACUUCUACGCAUGUUACUUGCAAUGAUUUCCUUUCGUUUAAAUUCCAGCUUGAACUCGACAGAAGGAAGGAUCGUUACAAGCCUGUUUUUCUUUACUAUAUCAAUAAUUGGGAUAAACCUGUUUAUAGCAAUUCUUUUCAGCCAUUUUGCCGACGUCCAGGCAAUGCAGAAAAAGCAUAAGUCAGAAACCAGAGAAUCCUACAUUAAUUCGCCAGAAUCUGAAAAGAAAACAGAUAAAAGUGAGGAUGUGUUUGAUUAUGAAUUGAAUCAACAUGUGUGGAGGCAAUUGGAUCGUAUCACUCAUAUCUUUCUAGAAAGACAAGUACAUGCAGAGUCAUUUCCUCAAUCUUUUCCGGAGGAUGUGCUGCAAAAGCUGGACAUUUUAGAUCAGCAUAUCAAGUUGAAAUGCCACGAUGAAUAUCGGUUUAUGAAGGUACUUGCUUGCAUCCUUUACCUCACUAAAACUCUGCGAUGGAAUAUGAACAUGGCAUUAGAUGUCACUGCAGACUACAGCAAAAAAACUGGAAUGAGAUACAAAUUUUUCUGCGCCUUUUUAAAAACUCCUCGACUCACAAUCUACUUUCCUGAUGCCUGUCUAUCUGAGGCACCUGAAGUACAGUGUUCUAGUCUAGCACACCGUUUUUACCCUCUGCCUUUUGAGAUAAAGGAACUCCUCGAGUCUGCUAAGACCAGGAUCUACGAAUUAAAGAUUCAAAAUAAUCGACCAUUUCAGAUGAAAGUUAAUGACAUCACAAAGAGCAAGACGAUUGUGCAGUUUGAAGACGAGUUCAUAACAGAUAAAGAUUAUCUUAUCUGUAGUUUUGACGAUAGGCAGUCGUGGUAUAGAUAUGCUCUUCGACCGAGAAAUGAAAAAUUAUCAUGCGUUCUUCCGAAACUUCCAACACACUGCUUUGUGACAGGAAGACAGGGGAAUACAAUUGUCAAAGAACAAGCCUUGUCAUAUUUCCCGGACAUAGAAAUACAUCAGAUAAGAAAAGAAAGUUGUUCAAUCUAUAUGCAGGCGGACAAAAGAAUACGUAUGUCAUUUCCACCAGACUGUGUCGAUGAUAAUUGUGAGCUCUAUUUAAUGAUGGACUUGCCCGAGAGACAGAUUUGUCCAUUUAUUCAUGUAUAUAUCACAAAGUCCACCGGUCGCCCCGUUGAAAUCAGUUUGCCAAUAGUUUAUCAAGGAUCCAAGAAUACAGAGAAUUUGAUUAUUACCAGGGAAGGAAACGGUGAAUGGAUGACCUUGAACUCUUUGUUGAAAUUAGAUGCUGCCGGAUAUACAUUUGAGACUUCCAUUAUUAAAUCAAACGUACCAACAGCAUUUGGAAUAAAAGAAGCUGUGUUGCCUUGG